GCUCAUUUACUUGAUAUAAUCAUGUCGAACUUGCAACAAUCCUACAACGCUGGACAGACCAAGGGCCAAGCUCAGGAGAAGGCUGAGCAAUGGACAGAAUCUGCCAAGGAAACUGCACACAGCGCCGGCGACAAGACUGCUAACGCGGCUCAGUCCACCAAAGAAUCUGCUCAACAUGGCCAACAACAAGCCUCUGGUUUCAUCCAACAAACUGGAGAGUCAGUGAAGAACAUGGCUCAGGGUGCUGUUGAUGGUGUCAAAAACACUCUUGGCAUCAAUGAGAAGAAAUGAGAAGUAAGAAAACUACUCAUAUCAUAAAUUUUUACUUAUAAGGAGUUAAUAUAAUUUUGAAAACUCCUUUUUUCUUUUCUAAUUAAUUUUGUAAUAAAGUUAUGGAUUUUUUUAUACCUGUGUUUUGAAGAUUAUGCCAAGAGAUCUGAAAUGUAAUAAAAUGGUGUAAUAUUUGCCCACAUUAUAUAUGCUAGUGGUGCACUUCCUCGUA